CUAAGUGACUUGUGAAGGAAUCUCUCGAAUGACCAAUGAAGAGUUUGCAUGCAGCAUACGCUGAGUCUAAGCUAAUUGUUAUGGUCAAGUACCCCCGAACGUUAAAAACAUAACAUUGAAUUGCUAUGCCCACAAUUUGCUCAUCAUCAAUUGUCGUUCUCAGUUCAUAAGGUCACCCAUACAUGUAGAUUCGACUUCGACAACAUUCAUCAAUAUGGCAAAUUUAGAAGUCAAAAAGACCGUGGCCAUGAUGCUUCCGAAGUUUUGAGAUAGUGAUAUGUUCACAGUCGUGCUCUGUGCCGGACUUCGCUUGCCGCUCCCCUCAUCCCGCGAAGAACAGGGUUGCUCGUAUCUGUCUCAGCCUUGCGGUAUGCUCUCACUAUUAUCUCUGUACAGGAACGCAUGACCCCUCAUUCACCAGCCAAUUAGAUUCCGGCGCCUAGAUAUUGUACUGAAUAUACUCCAAUCAAUGUCGUUUUCUACCACCCGUCUUCGUAUUCAGCAACCCUGGGUUUGAAGCAUGACUGCCAAAGGCCAAUCAACCCAGCCUCUGGCUGAGACGGCUGAGUUCAAAAUCGCCGCUUUCCUCUCGAAAUUCAUUGCUCGUGGUUUCCCAGUCAUCCCAUGAACUACCGCGCACGCCGAACGAGUAUCGCGCGCCAUGGUCGACCCUAUCAGCCUGGCCAGUCUUUCUCUCCAGGUCGCUCAAAUCCUCGGACCUGCUGUACUGGCUCUUAGAAAAGCCUACAGAGAGGGUAAAACACUGCAUAGGACUCUUCGGGAACUAGAGUCUGACCUCGAUUCAAUCUACGAGUUGACCAAGAACAUUAAUCGCCUUUUGAGCGUCAAGAGCUUUGCGGACGCCGUGCGCAGCGUGCCCAACGUAGACCUCGUCGACAGCCUCGAGCGCUCCCUGGAAAGAUGUUUAAACAGCGCACAGAAACUGUUAGAAGUAUUGGCAGAUCUUGGGCUGGACAUCGAUGCCAAUCGCAUGAAGCGGACAUGGCGAGCAUGGCGCUUGGAUCGGCGACUCGACGAAAUUGACCGGAAUAAGAGAAAUUUUCAAGACUACAAAAGCUCUAUUCAGUUGGCCUUCCAGCUGUUGACAACAUGUAAGCAAAUGCAGAUAGCUGAGCGGGAUGACCAGCACGCAAACGACUUGAAGGCCCAAAUCGGCGAACUUCAAAAGGCAAUCGAUUCCAUCGCGCAACAGAUCACAAUUCGGCAGGUGGUACCCACAGACGAAGAACAAACUGAGAUUCUGGAAGGAAUGAAGAGCAUGCACGACUCAUCGAAGAAAUUAGAGCGCCGCGCGACCAUACAACUGGAAUUCAUCACAUCGCGAACGUCGUUUUCGAAGCUCAAUAUUGACGAGACACGGCCUGCUAUAAUGCGCCAAGAGUCUCUAUCCCCACCCCCGGAAGACGAAGAGUACCCCAGUUCACCUGUAUCGGAAGCAUCCUUUCCACCAGGUUUCACGCCAUUUGAUCCUCCGCAACGAGGGCACUUGAACACGCCGUCAACAUCAAGCUCGGCAGGUGAAAGCUCGUUUCUCGCACAAAGCUCUGACCUGGCUACAAGCGCAAUUCUCUCAAUUGAGGAUUUUGAAACAAGGGUAGACGCAUUGCUUUCUUCUGCGGUUACCGAUAACAAGGGGAAAAAUAGGCCUUUCUCUGAGGAGGUUAUCUCUCAGCUGGCGACUAUGUUGAAUGCAGUUGGGAAGCCAACAUGGGGUGAGCGCCCUCGAACAUACUUGGUUCUUAGACUGUUGGGGGAAGUCAAGGCUAUGGAUUCGUUCAUUUUUGAGGGAUACAAAGACAUCGAUUUCCCGUAUACCGAGGCCACUCUGCCCGAAGUCCUGAAGUCUGCCAGCUCAAGGCGUAGCUUCCUUGACCAGCAAAAAUAUGUUCUGAGCCCUCAAUCUUCGGAUCUUGUGAGAGGAGGUCGUCACCGCCAUCUACCUAUUGGGCAAAGUGGAGAUACUUUCUUCAAAAUUGUAGGGAAACUUGGGUCCGGAGGAUUUAGUGUUGUUGAUAGAGUGCGCAGCAAAUUCACGCUUCAAGAGUAUGCCCGUAAAAGAAUUCCAAGAAGUGGAGCUUUCAAGGACCGUAAGGCUCUGUUGUCUUUUGAAAAUGAAGUCAACAACUUGAAACGGCUCUCGCAUCAUCAUCUUGUAGAGUUCGUUGGGUCUUACACGGAUCGAAAGUUCAUCGCCAUAAUUAUGCAACCAGUCGCUGAUAUGGAUCUAAGACGUUAUUUACUCAGGAAGGAUCUUGGCCCCGGUGAUAUGGCCGUCUUGCGUUCAUUUGUCGGUUGCUUGUGUUCUGCCUUGGCCUACCUGCAUGAACAACAAUGCCGCCACAAAGACAUCAAGCCUCACAACAUAUUAAUACAUGGUGAAACAGUUUUACUGGCCGAUUUUGGGACUGCAUUACAUUGGACUGAUCCUGAAGGCGAAAUCACUGCUGGCCCACCAGAUGCGGUCACCAAGCUCUACAUUGCUCCAGAGAUUGUCGAGCAUGCGCCUCGCGACAAAUCGUCUGAUGUGUGGUCUUUAGGCUGUGUUUUUCUGGAAGUAGCCACUAUCCUUGCUGGUUUCACGCUGCAAGACAAAUCGACCUUUUUCGCAUCAUUACACAGACCCUCGGCAGCGUACUGGCUAAAUCACGACGCGAUACAGAUCUGGCUUGAUAAGUUAAGCUCUGUCUCUGGUGACGCUCAUCACGCAUUGCAUGACUGGAUUAAUGCGAUGACAGCAUUUGAGCCUACCAUGCGACCCACAGCCCAGGAUUUAGUCGACCAGAUUUCUGGAGAACAAAGCAAAUUAUCCGGGUACGGCAAAAUGUGCUGUUUCGAAGAACAUAUUCCUUCUGAGGACACGUCGUGGCAAGGCUCCGUAGCAGGGGACGAGAUCUUCGAGACUGCCCAAACCAUCAGUGAGAAUACAACCAUGUCAUCCAAAGCCAUGCUCACCCCCAAACCAUCCACAGCGGAACCUAUCCUGGAGCAGCCGGCAGAUAAAUUGGAAAGACAGACGCCGGGUUCUUUGCCUGAAAUGGAUGACGUUCCUGCGUUGAUUACCAAUGAUGCGCCCGUUUUGAAUGAGAUUCCUAGUUACAUCCUGGAUCUAAGUUUUCAACCGACCGCACUGGAUUCAGAUGACCAAAUAAAGCGGUGGACUCUCGAUGAGACUGAAAACACGAUUCCUAUUCGCGAAGAAAUCGGACAAGAUGGUGUCGAUUCAUUGACUCAGGUUGAGAACGAAAAGUUUACAGUGUCACAUAGUAAAUCGGAGUACGGAGAAGUAAUGGAGGAAAGGAACAAAGCCAAGAUUAAACACGUCGUACGCAACAUGGCACACAAGCGGCACCCGAAGAAUGAAGUGGUCGGAGAACAAGAGAGCAGAGUUGAUCCUACCAAAUCAACUAUUGGCCUAUCAGCAAUUGACUCUCGCCCUACACCUGCGAUUCUGGAGGAGUUAGAAAAGAUUUUCCUCGAAAAUCGUCGACACUUCGAAAGACGACUGCUACAACUCAAGCGUAAAGAUCUUAAUUGGCAGUCGUACGUCCUUGCUUUGAACGAAAAAUCAGUCACUGAUCAAAAGCACUUUACGAUUUUGCUGGCUGCAAGUGACUUCAGUAACGUCGCCUUGGCUGAAGAUGUAAUCAAGCUUGUCGUUAAGCAGAAGCCAAACGUAGUCAAUGAGACUACAAUAUUUCACAAUUCGGCUCUACACUAUGCAGCUUCGCAGGAUCGGUCGGAAGUGGCAAAAUUUCUGAUCAAGAAUGGAAUCAAUGUAGGCCAGCAAAAUUUUCGCAAAGACUCAGCUCUUCACAUGGCACUGCGAAGUGGUCAUUCAAGGACAGCGGAGGUGAUUAUUCCACAUAUUAACGUGGAUGAAGCCAAUGCAGUGAACGAUCGCAAUCGAACUCCCAUGCAUACGGCUUGCGCUAGUAGACAUAUCACGGCCAAAACAGUCAGUCUCCUGCUUGGGAAAGGAGCCUCCAUCAACACUCUUGACUGCUACCAAGCCACCCCACUGCAGUUAAGCAUGCGUUCUGAAAACCACGAAAGGACGGAGUUGCUAAAAGCGGAAGUUCUGCGCGAGACCCCAGACCAUCAAUUUUCUCGGUGGGAUUCUAACUCUGCUUGGUCUUUUACGGAGGGUAAAGCCAUUGGGGAGUGCUGUUGCGAACUAUGCUGCCUUCGAGUUUCGGUAGAGAAGACCGGACACGCGAUUGCCAGAAGUGGUCCUUGCUGCACCUGUGUGAAUCAUCUUCAAGUGUAUGGCGAUGAUAGCUUAAGCUACUCGGACUUAUCUCACUUCAAGAAAUGCCUAUGUGCUGGCUGCAAAGAAAUCCAGAACCAGCGCGACGUGAAUUCUCCAUGUGGCACACCCAUCGGCAACGACUACUUGCCCUACAAUGAAAGCCUGAAGAAAAAUCCUCGCAUAUUUCCGCCAUAUACUGAAUCUCCAACCCAUCCCAUCAACAAGGAUUUUGUGGAAAACCCACUCCCACCCUAUCCAGGCCAUGCCUACUACGAUGAACUGAUUCAGAAGCACAUAGAAAAGUCUAAAUUCACCGGCUCGCAGCAGGAAGCUACAAUCAUCGCACUCGAUCAACUGGCGAAAGGAGGCUUCAAGAGCUCACGGGCGUACCGUAAAGACCCUUCUAAAGCAUUGAGAUGGGUUACAUCCAACUUCGGUGUCUUGACGCAUGUUGACACAAUGGUCGAAAUACUUCUCGACUCUGGUGCCGAUAUAAACACCCAUAUUGAUGAGCGCAGUGCGAGGAUCGUUGAUAAAGCAGGAGAAUGCCUGGAUCUGAACCUACUCAGGUUGCUUAUUGAUCGCAAUGUGGAAAUUGGGGACGGAGAGCUGAAAUAUGCACUUUUCAGCGAACAUAAUUUGCAUGUACGCAUGCUACUAACAGCCAGUGGUGCCAUUAAUGGAAAAUUGGGCCGUAGUAAGAUCACCGCACUGCACGCGGCUGUAAGGCACUAUGACAUGAUCGGCUGGCACAUUCCUAUGCUACUAGCACAUGGAGCAUCGACCGACAUUCCUGACAAUGAUGGGAACACACCGUUGCACGAAGCUAUUUCCAAGAAUAAAAUCCACGCUGCAGUUGCCCUCCUCGAAAGUCACGCGAGGACUGGGAAGUCGAAUGACAAAGGAGUAACGCCACUCCAUAUAGCUUUCGACCUCGCCAACGAAGAACUCAUCUCCACGAUGCUCUCGUAUGGUGCUAAUGUCGUCAAGAAAAUUGAUCGAUUUGACAACUUUCUGUUCUACGCUAUCUUCAAGAACCUUGGAACUACCGCACGACUGCUCAUCGAAGAAUACAACGGCGAUACACGUGUCCUGAACAAAACACCCAAGAACGCUUCAACGGUGUGGCAUAUUCUCGCAUACUCCAAAAUACAAGACCCAAAAUUAGUCGACCUGAUUGUUCGAUACAACAUCGAUGUCAACGAAAAGAAUUCCAUUGGGAUGACCGCUUUACACUACGCUGCUUGGAGGGGCAAUGUCGUCGUAACGCAAAGAUUACUGCAAUGCGGCGCGAACAAGGAAAUCCGUGAUGGAUAUAAGGGAUACACCGCAUUGGAGGUUGCAAGAAGUCUCUGUCAUAGCGAGGUAAUGAAAUGCUUGGGGGGUACGAACAGAACAAGCUGGUGGAGGCAGACACGCAACGUCUUUCUGGACGUGAUCAUGGAGGAGAGUGAAAGGUUUUGUCCGAUCUAG